AUGUCCGACCAGACACAUUCCCAAUCGUCCAGCGACAAGGAAGGAGCAGAAGACGCACUCGACGAAACACGCGACUUCUGGAUAUUGUCCGACCCCUCCCUCUGCCCCCACGCACUUCGCCUCCAUCCAGCUCCAGAGAAAGAUGCCGACUCAAAAAAAGUUAUCCCCCACCAAGGAGUCGAUCUCCCAGACAUUGGCACCUUCAAACUCCCCAAGAUGGUGAUACCCCUCCGCGGACCUUCUGACCUCGAAGACUGGAACAUAGCAGUGCGAGAGCUCCUUGUUCGAUACUCACUCCAGACUCUGAUGGACUGGAAAAUCCCACGCCCCAAAUGGAACGACGUAACCUCUCUGAGGUGGCAGACACAGUCCCGUCUAGUCCGAGACUGGCUGCAUGACAACAUAGUGCCUUACAUGCUGAAACACAUCCUGAAAUGCAACCCCCGUAUGGAGUUCGCUGAUGAGUUCAUGGAGGAUCUACAAAAGGCAGUUAUUGACUUCGGAAUCAAAUGGGAUAAUGAAGCACUUAUGGAAGUGCUCCGAUUCAAACGCUCCGAUUGCCUUGAUACGAAAAUGUUCAUCGAUUCGCUUGAUAUGAUGUACAGAAGUCUGUGGGUGACUGUCCCUGCAUACAUUUUCAUUACAAUUCUGUUGAAGGAGGUCCAAGAGGAUAUGCCUAGCCGCACUACUAUGGUCUUGAAGGAUAUCGGAACGCGGAAAAAUCCAUGGGAUACGCUGACUAAGAAGGACUUUGAACAUAUUCGGGAUUUCCUUGUUCAUGGUCUGGGAUGA